AUGAAUAGCUUUAGGAGUCCUCAAAUUCCGGACGGAGUUGUCAAGUUGAUAACAUGCAAUCUUCUAUCUGGACAGUAUAAUUGGGGAUAUUCAAGAGCUUUAGAAGACGGUUUUUAUGACAUAGGUUGCGGGAAUUAUUUACCUUGCGCCCAAACGGUAAUGCAAUGCCUAGUUGAUCUUUCAGGAGGGGACCAGCUUGCUGCUCUGAACGAAUACACAACGUAUUGUAAUGCAUAUUCAGGCAAGAAUAUAAGUCUUGAAAGUGCCUUAAAACAACUCGUGAAUGGUACUCAAUAUUUGAUUUCAAACCCAAGUUCUAAUGCCACCAACUACGCCCCAUUAGCAUUUAGUAUGAAGAAUUUAGAAGAAAACUAUAACUUUUUCCACUUCAUAUUUAUGAACUUUUACUGGGCAUUUGAUUGUUCUAUGCUUAUAAACUUGACCGUUUUAGCGGUCAUUAUUUUAUUGGCAAUUGAACAAAAGUUUCAAUUUCCAUGGCUCAGAAAAAUACGAUCAAGGUUUACAUCCACAAUCUCCAAUACACAUCAUACGGAAACAAAAAUAGGCGGAUGGUAUGUCACAAUCCUGCCAACAAUUGGAGAAACAUAUAUACUUCUUUUCCUUUUGGUAAUAUGCGUUCUUUCCAGCGUUGUGUACUACCCCCUUUAUGAGUCCAACACUGGAGAAGGGAAGAUUGCAUUUUUGGCGAAAUGUAUUGCAAACAGGACUGGCGGUAUAGCCUUUGGACUUUUACCCCUGACAGUUCUAUUAGCCGGAAGAAACAAUAUGAUUUGUUGGCUGACAGGAAUGCCUUACUGUAGCAUGAUAUUUUAUCAUAAGUGGGCAGCAAGAUUAAUGACAUUAUAUGGCUCUGUUCACGGAGUACUGUGGAUUGGGUACCUCGUAUGGAACCAAAGAGGAGAGUUCAUGAAUUACUCGAAAGACACAAUAUUAAUAUUAUGGGGGUUCCUAAUAUGCAUAAUUUCUGUCAUUCUUAUAAUAAAAUCGGUAUAUAUGUGGAAGUCAAGACAUUACGAGUUGUUUUUGUCAUUACACAUCAUUUUAGCAGCUGUAUUUUUUUAUGGAUGCUAUAAACACUCAGAGGAGUUAGGAUGGCUAGGAUGGAUCAAUCUCUCAGUAGCUCUUUGGUUCAUGGAUAGAAUUCUAAGAUUAUUUAAAAUCUUUAAGUUCGGAGGCCUUAAAUUGGCGUACUGUAAGGUGCUAGAUCCUGAUAAUGAAAUAUUUCAAAUCACCAUACCUAAUGCCGGAUCAAUGAAGUUUUUCCCUGGAUGUUACGCUUUUCUCUAUGUAUUGAAUACGAAGUUAUUCUGGCAUAGUCAUCCAUUUUCAUUGAUGAAACAAGGAGAUAAAAUAAUCAUAGUAAUAAAGGCAAAAACUGGCAUGACCAAGGAGUUAUACAAUAAACUCCCGAAAGAUGGAACGAAUUACCCUAUCCGAGUAUGUCUUGAAGGACCGUAUGGACACAAUGCCCCUGUAGAUUGCUACGACCAUGCAUUACUUAUCACAUCAGGAACUGCAAUAGCAGGACCAAUAUCUUACCUGCAAAGAAUGCAAAAAAUUGAUGACUGUCACUUCAUCUGGAUCAUCAGUAAUGAAAGAUUCUUAGAUCACAUGAGGUACGCUUUAGAGCCUUUAAUGGUUGACAAUAGGUGCUCUUUGGACAUAUACAUCACCAGGCCCUUGGGGCUUGAUAUAUCAUGGGUUCCUAAGUCCACUCGUAUUCAUAUUGGGAGACCUAACAUCGAUGAUGUGGUACACGAAGAUUUAUCUUGCUGGAAAAACUCUGCUGUUGUCUCCUGCGCACUGCCUUUGAUUGAUGAUCAUGUCAGGAAUUCUGUAGCAAGGGAAAUGAGUUUAGGCACUGUUGACUUCUACGAUGAGUUACAAGUAUGGUAA